AAGUUAAGUAAAAUAGCAGAAACUGUUACAUUUGAGCUACAUUUCCAAAGCAGAUGGUUAACUUGAAUACUUAAGGCCAGAGAAGGGGAAAUGAGAGGAUCUGUGUGUUGAACAAAAAAACAUAAUGGAACUGUGCAAAUGCAUUCUGUUCUCCCCCAAAUGGAUAUUCUAAUAUUCAAAACAUCACUGAAGGUCGAGGCCAAAAUUUCAAGUGAUUUUGUUUCCUUUCUCCAGUUGUGUGGCAAGACAAACCUCAUAGGUCAGGUUUUCUUCCCUUGCCCUUCAGUAACACCAGCUUACAGCCCCUAGGUCUCUUUUCUUCCCUGAGAGGCAGCAAAAACUAAAUUAUGUUGGCACGUACAGGUGCUGCCAGCCAUUCCCUCCUACCUUCAUUUUUUCCUGCAGUGCUCCAUUGCCUCAGCUGCUCCUCCCUGUCAGGUGUUCCGAGCUGCCAGAACUCACUCCAUCUUCCCACGUAGAGGAAAAUCCUGAAAUGAGGGAGAUGCCUUCCAUUAACUGCUACAUAUUUUAAUACUGCCAGUUCUCAGCUGCUGAAAAUAUGAAUUUCUGUGCCCUUUUCUCUUUCCCCAAAGGAUACAUUUUGCACCCCAAACCUGCAAACCAUGCAUCUGGUCAAGGGUGAAUAUCUACUCCACAGGUAGGUAGAUCCCACCACUUGGCUCAGCCUCCUUUCCUUAGACCUAGAACUUUUUUUCCCAGUUUGUGAAAUGCAUAUGGUUUCUUUUCACUGUCUGCUGAUGAUCAGGGCAGCCUCACUGUGUGGAGGGCUGCCAAGAAGGGACGGACAAAGUACAUAGGAGUGUGACAAGACAUGACAGAGGACAAAAACCAAGGAGAGUGAAGUUGGGAAGAUGCAGAUGUGGACAAGAGGCCUGUACUCAAAUAUCACCUCUUUGCCUAUAGCCUAUGCCUUCACGUUCUCCUAAAGCCCCACAGUUACAGUAGCAGGAAGCCCUUCGGAGGGAACUGUCAUUUUGCAGGCUAAAUCCUAUUAGCAGCAGCUGAGAGAGAAAAUACCAUGGUGGCUGGAUGGGUAGGGUACCAUAAUGUACAACAGGAUACAACAGAACAUUUCAUUUAGAAGAGACCAAUAAUAACUAUAUAGUACAACUGCCUGACCCAUUCAAGGAUGACCCAAAUUUAAAGUAAGUCAUUAAGGACAUUGUUCAAAUGCCUCUGGAACUGAUAGGCUUGGGGCAUUGACCACCACUCAAGAAAGCCUAUUCCAGUGUUUGACCACCCUCUCACUAAAGAAAUGUUUUCUCAUGUUAAGUCUGAACCACUCCUGAUGCAGUUUUGAAUCACUUCCCCAUGUCCUGUCACUGGAUCCCAGGAAGACUUUUAAAGGCAUGACAAGACAAACAGCCACAGUCAUGUGACACAGGUAGCUGAGGGAGAGCUACAUGGAAAUGAAGAAGCUGAAAACAAGAAAAGGUAUUUCCUUUUUUCUCCUGACACCAUGUGCCUGCAGGGAUGGAAGGCCUGCUGUGACAACACUGGGAAGAAGAGGCUGAUGUCACUGACCUGUGGACUGUGACUUCACCGAGUGAUAGAUUGUGACCUCACUUUCCUCUCUGCUUAUGUUGGGGUGACUGGGAGUCUGAAUGCCUUUUGUACUGUCACCCAGGGGCAGAGGCUGAUGUCACCGAGCAGUAGACUGUGACAUCACGGGGAGAUGCAUUAUGACACUGCUUACAUUCAGAUAUUGGCAGAGCCUUCACCAAUCUGGCUCCAGCCUGAACUUCUACUAAGCAAGACUGUGAGUCCAAGAGGAUCAAGCCAAGCUUCUCCAGUGAGGACUGGUGCCUGCCACUGGCAGACAUUGGUGCAGACCUGGAGCAGUGUAACUAGUGUUUCCCUGGCCCUGCCUGGUUAAGGCAGCCAGGCACUGCAGGUGCUGGCAGCAGUGAAGAUUGGCUCUGUGGGAAAACGUGCCCCCCAGGGGUGGCUGUAGCGUGGGUGACGGGGCUCAGGGAGCUGGAAGGAUGUCAUUCUUGAAGGGCCUGGACAUUUCUUCCUCCCCUUCCUGGGAGAGCCAGUGACCAUGGCUUCUUCCUCCUGUGACAUGUGGCACCAGUGAAGGCAAGCAGCUCCUGAUCCUAAGCUCUCCCCAGUGUGCUGCAGGACACAAAAAUGGCCACGGAGACAGACAGCAACUGCCCCAUUUGCCAGGACACUUGGAAGGAUGUGGCUUCUGCUCUGCCCUGUCACCACCAGUUCUGUCUGGGCUGUAUCCUGCGGUGGGCUCAGAGAAACCCAGUAUGCCCACUCUGCAGAAAAACAAUAGAGACCAUCCGGUUUUCUGACUAUGGAGAAGGAGACUAUCUGGAGACAGCCAUCACAGCCCCUGAGGAGCUGCCAGAUGGCAGUAGCAUGGCAGGGAGAGCUCCUGACACCCUGGCUGAGAACAGCCCCCAUCCCCCUGGGACAUCUCGUUCAUUUUCUCCACAGGAGACACUCUCCCAAGUAGAGCAGGAGGGUUCAGGCAGUAUCCUGCCGGAGGACUGGGCAGAACUUUUCCGUCAACAAGAGCAUCUCCUGGACCCUGUGCGGCCCUGGCUACGCCAGAGGCUGGAGGGAAUAUACCGGGGCUGGUGGUGGGUGGUAGAGACCAUAGAGAGCACCAUCCUGCAUGGCCUCUGCGUCUAUGGGCUGAAUGCAGAGGUCUUGAUUGAAGUGCUGGAGCUUCUCCUCCAGGAACAUGCAGCACCACUGAUCCACAGUGCCAUCAACAUCAUUGUGGGGCAGUGCAGUGAGGAGGCCCAGAGACUGAUGUGCUCUGGUGCAGUCAGAGAUGAGAACAAUGUCCCUGUGGCCACAGCCAGCUCCAGCUCCAGCAGCUACAGCUACUCCAGGAGCUCCAGCUUCAGCAGCUCCAGCUCCAGCAGUUCCCGGAAGGGGACUCCUGCCAGCAGCCUCGCAGGCUCUGACAUGGAGGAGGAACCUGCUACAUCAGAGGCCUCCCUCCUGCCCAGGGCAGCAGCCACAGCCCCUCCGCUCCCAUCCAGGGUAGGGAGUGAUUGCCCGGGGAAUCCCAGCACCCCCCAGAUAGGAGGGCCCCCAGCUCCCAGGGCUCUCUGCAACCCUGCAAGAGGCCGCCCCACUGGCAGUGCUGGCAGGGCUCUUGCAAUUCUUUAUUCAAGGAAAAGGAAAUAAAUUAUUAUUUCCCUCA